CUUGUUUUCUAUUGGAAAACAUUGUUUAACUCAAAUCGGGUGAUCAAAGUUGCCACCAAAAAUGUGGUAGCACGAAGUAAGCGUAGCUCUCAAACCGAUUUCAGCUGUCACUAUUAGAAAAGUCAAAUUGAUUCAAUAGAAAAAUUUCAUUGGUGUUUGCAUUUUACGAUUAGAACUACGAAAAUGUCUGCAAUUCUCUCACAAGUUUUCCGCCGACAAAUUGCUAUUAGCUUCCAAAGAUCUCAAGCUGGAGCUACUGCAGCAAGCGCUGGUGAACACUCAGGUGGUUACAAAGUAUGGAAGCGUCUGUCAUUCUUUGUUGCUAUCCCAGCUGUAGGUCUUUGCAUGUUGAAUGCUUAUCUUAAACAUCAAGAGGAGCACGAUCAGCCACGUCCAGAGUUCGUCAAAUACGAUUAUUUGUAUCGUCGUGAGAAGCGUUUCCCAUGGGGUGCAGGUAACAAAAGUUUGUUCCAUAACCCCCACGUCAACGCACUGCCAGACGGUUAUGAACAUUAAUUUAUAAUGCAGAAUAGUUGUAACAUAAAUGGAAGAACCACAUAGCAAGUUGUGUCUGAGUCAGUACAAUUUGCCCCUGGUAUUUUGACUACUCUUACGAACGGUUAUUUUAUGAAAACAUGUGUAAUCUAAUAACAUUGAAGUUGUUCGAUAAAUAAAAUUAAUUCCAUCAUAAACUAAUAAAA